UCGUCCGUCCACCAUGUCUCUCCUCGAGUCCCCGCGGAGCCCCAGUCUUUUCCGCACAUCCUCUGCAACCAGCGUCGGCUCCGUUGACACUCAAUCUAGCCUUGACGACACCGCAAUCGAUGGCGAGCUGCCUCGCCGCACCCGGAAGCGCUUUACUAGUACACAGCUUAUGAUGCUCGAACAUCUCUACCACCAAACCUCUCACCCGACACGCGAACAGCGUGAGGCUGUAGCCAAGGAGGCUUCAAUAGAACUCCGGUCUGUGACAGUCUGGUUCCAAAAUAAGCGGCAGACCGAACGAAAAGUUGCGCUUCACAACAACCCCGCGGGCACCGAUGACCCAACGUUAUCCGCGAUGUUGUUUCCCACGAUAGCCGACGCACGCGGCCGACGUAUCUCCCACCACGCCUCGCGCUCGCCGCCCCUCAGCGCCGUCUCUGCUUCGUCUUCGUCCAGCGUGCGCACGGUGCGCAACCACAUGUACCACCACCACUCGCACCCGCAUCAGCAGCGCCGGCCGACGGUCUCGCUGGGCGCCUUAAAGCGUCCGUCGUUGGACGCCAUCGCGACACGUGCUGAGCGUCCAGAGCCGCGCACGCCGCCACGCGCUCGCACGUACUCGAUCCCAGAAGAUCCGCGGAGCCUGUACGAGCACAUGCCGAGCAGCCCGCCGUCGCCGCUGAGCCCCGCGGUCGAGCGCGACCGAGACCUGCUCGACUUUGGACUGCGCCGCCGCCCGCGCGCAAAGCCGACGCUUGAGUGGGCAUGUGCCGCUGCGCGGCUGAGCGGGAAUAAGUCCGCGCGCGAGGAAGACAGGGACGGGGACGUGGACAUGAUGGUGCUCGACAUCACUGGGGGAGACACCGAGGACGAGAUGGAUUUGCCGCACGAGGCGCUCACGCCGAGCAGUAGCCUCAGCUCGCAGGCGACCGUCUGGCGGAGGAGUGGGAACGUGCGUCCCAUUGUCCCCCUCGACGUCAAUGCGACGCCGAAGCCCGCUGCGAAGACGGUUUCGCAGAACGAUGUGAUGGAGGCAGCGCUCGCGCUUUGCGGACUCGGCGAGGCACGAUAGGGUUUCCGCCAGACAGGGUCCGCCACUAAUUUGUACGCAAGAUGCAGGAUGUGUUGGGUUUAUUUAAUCGGUUGUAAGCUGUGGUCGGGGUUCAUCUUUUUCUCUUCUGAUAGAGACCUAACCAUCACAUCAUUGAACAUUGUAUACCACAUUACAUACCACUGCACGCACUUGGCUAAAGUUAAUGCACAUGUUUUGUAGCACCGGUCUCAGUUUAGAACCACUGGCUAGCUUAU